AUGCCAACUGUGUGGUUCUCUCUGAAGAAAUCUCUACACUGCAAAUCAGAGCCAUCAGAAGUUCAUGAUCCAAAGUCAAGGAGGCAGUUGAGCACAAUCUUGACAAGAAAAGGAGGGAGGUCAGGCUGUUCAAGGUCUAUAGCAAACCUCAAGGAUGUGAUUCAUGGAAGCAAGAGACAUUUGGAAAGGCCACCAAGUAAUUGCAGCCCAAGAUCUAUAGGGAGCAGUGAGUUUCUGAACCCAAUAACCCAUGAAGUAAUUUUGAGCAACUCAAGGUGUGAGCUCAAAAUCACAAGCCUUGGUGGGUUCCAUGAAGGAAUUGGGUCUGGGAACAUCAACAAUGGUGGUGGUGGUUCAACAUUUGUGGAUACUCUAAGGCCAGGCACACCUGGCCCUGGUGGUCAAUCAACAGUGCACUAUUUUAAUCCAUCUUUUAGGACCUCAUCAACUCCUCCAAGGAAAAGUCCUUUUCUUGCAUCUGCAGAUAAUACAGAAGGGUCAGGGAAAGGUUCAGCUUGUCCUGGUAGUGGUGGAAUUCGUCAGAGCAAUAGGGUCUCGUUUGACACAGUCGCAGAGAACUCUCAUGGUUCUUCUGCAAUAACUUGUCACAAAUGUGGUGAGCAUUUUACCAAAUGGGAAGCUGCUGAAGCACACCAUCUCUCUAAACAUGCUGUUACUGAACUUACGGAAGGUGACUCAUCUAGAAAAAUUGUCGAAAUAAUAUGCCGGACAAGCUGGUUGAAAUCCGAGAACAAUUGUGGCCGGAUUGAGAGAGUGUUGAAAGUCCACAACAUGCAAAGAACUCUUGCUCGAUUCGAAGAAUAUCGAGAGAUGGUGAAAAUGAAAGCCAGCAAACUCCCUAAGAAACACCCUAGGUGCAUUGCUGAUGGGAAUGAGCUUUUGAGGUUUUAUGGCACCACUGUGGCCUGCUCCCUUGGUCUAAAUAGUUCCUCAAGUCUCUGUGUAUCAGAAAAAUGCUGUGUUUGUAGGAUCAUAAGAAAUGGGUUCUCUGCAAAGAAGGAGCUCAAGGAAGGGGUAGGUGUUUUUACAACUUCAACAAGUGGAAGAGCUUUUGAGUCCAUUCAAAUAUUAGAAGAAGAUCCCUCCAUAAGGAAAGCUUUGAUAGUCUGCAGAGUAAUUGCUGGGAGGGUUCAUAAGCCUUUGGAGAAUAUACAAGAAAUUGCUGGCCAAACUGGGUUUGAUUCUUUGGCUGGAAAAAUGGGUCUUUACUCAAAUAUUGAAGAGCUUUAUCUGCUCAAUCCUAGAGCUCUCCUUCCUUGCUUUGUGGUCAUCUGCAAACCCUGA